UUACUCGUAAUUCUCUACUUACAAUUCACUACAACAUGACCUAGUUAACAAACAAAUAUACAUUCUAAAAUUGUUGAGAAUUAAUCUUAUUUUCGGUCUAUCAUUUAAUUAAAAUGAAAAUUUAGUAUGAGUGAAAAAAAUGAGGAAAAUGAUCCCAGUAAGAGAGGAAGGGUGGAAUGUGAUAACAUAAAAUCGCCUUUGAGCGAGUGUGCUCCACCCGUAAAGAACAUAACACAUCCGUUGAGGUACUACGAAUUCACUCGUGAUGAAAUCAAAGCUCUAGAAGAAUGUGACAAAGAGAGCUUUUAUCGUCGGUGCCUUCCUUACAGCACACUUCUCGCCACAGCUACAUACGCUGCAGUCAAAUAUGGUUAUCUCAAACCAAAUCCACGGUUUGGAGCUAUUCCUAAAAUAUCAUUUGCGGUGUUGGUUGGUUACUUUGUUGGGAAGCUAUCUUACCAAGAAGCAUGUGCUGAAAAACUGAUGGCCUUACCUGGGAGCUACAUCGGACAACUUCUCCGUGAAAAAAAGGAAGGAAGAAUGGGCGGUAGUGGGAAAGCCAUACAAAACACUCCGAGCAUGUUCGGCGCCGGCCCCAACGACAUCUACUCGGACGCGGGCCCCGGCAGCUCGUUGGACCUCGACACCGACCGCCCGGUCUUCAGCGACGAUUCUUAUCGCCCCGAUCAUGAAGGUGGAGGUUUCCCAUCGUUGGACCCUGACAAGAAGCGCCCUUCGCUCUCUUAUGACGACCUCAGGCGCAGGAACCGCGGCGAGUACACGGAGGCUAGGCAAGACCCUUACAGAGUUGAUCCCAACACGGUGCCGCCGGUAACCCGCGCGAACCCGGUGAUCGACGCCCCGCCGCCCGCCCCGCGCCGCACCAACAAGUACGGAGACGUCAUGGAUUAACACAAUAGCAUUUAUCACACUUGCUUCUUGAUGCGUGCCCCGAUACAUGCGGCGUGUAAAUAAACUGGCUAAUAUUCCUAACGCAGGCUUAGACCUGAUUUAGACGGCGUGCGAACUCGCAUGCGAUUUUAGUUACAUUGCGGGCUGUUGAGGGUACAUACAAUUUUGCACAGCCAUCAAAUACCGUAAUGUAAUAAAACUCGUAUGCGAGUUCUCGUACCGUCUAAAUGGGCCCUUAGCAUUCGCUGAAUAUAUUUAGGCUCAUCAUGAAUUGCAAAGUAUAGAUUUAGCACGCAAAGUAUGAUUAAACAAUAAAUAAAAUAGAAAACUGUAACUACUUAAAAACCAGUAGGCCUAGCACAUGAUG